AUGCCAACCAUUUGGUCCAAGGUGGUUCCAGGGAAAAUAAAUAUCUUCAUAUGGCGGGUGAGACCUGGCAGAUUGUUCACCAGAUUAAAUCUUCCACGGACAGGAGUAAACAUUCCUAACACCUUCUGUCUUUUAUGCAAUGCUUUCGAUGAGAACGAGGUACACAUAUUCAAGAACUGUUCCAAGACACUUAAGAUCCAAGUGCAUAUCCAGACUUGGUGGAAUGAUUUUCCUGCCUCAACGGACUCUUUAGAAGACUUGUUGGGGGUAAACUCUAUUGUAAAAGUGGAAAGUAGGUCUUUAGACACCUUAGAAGCGAUAUCAAGAUAA